UACAAAUAAGUUACGUUUAAUGACAAACACUAAAAUAGACCAAUCAGCUUUCGGAGGCGGGACUAAGAAAUCAAACGUUCGCACUCAACUCUAAGUUCUUUCACAGAGCGAAAUGAGUUUUUACACACAGGGCUACUCAGGAGCAGGGAGUAACAUUCCCAGACAGAAUCCUCCUCCAGGUAACCCGUAUGGAGGUGGUGCACCCCCAGGUGGGCCUGUAAGAGGUCCAUACGGUGGUUCUCAGUAUGGUGGGGUUCCUGGAGGACAAUACGGAGGACCUUACGGUGGUUACGGUGGAGGUGCCGGGGCUCCUGGAGCUCCUUAUGGAGGACAACAAGCCCCAGGAGCCCCUUACGGAGGAUAUGGGCAGCCACAAGGUGGACCAUAUGGCCAGCAGAUUCCUGGAGGUAACAUCCCACCAGGGGUUAACCCCGAGGCAUAUCAGUGGUUUCAGACUGUUGACAACGAUCGCAGCGGCUACAUCAACCUGAAGGAGCUAAAACAGGCCCUGCUCAACUCCAACAACUCCGCAUUCAGUGAUGAAACCUGCAUGAUGAUGAUCAACAUGUUCGACAAGACCAAAACUGGACGCAUUGAUGUAUACGGAUUCUCGGCUCUCUGGUUGUUUUUGCAGCAGUGGAGGGUGAUAUUCCAGCAGUUUGACCGUGACCGCUCAGGUUCCAUCAACAGCAGCGAGUUGCAUCAAGCACUCUCUCAGCUGGGUUAUAACCUGAGUCCGCAGUUCAUUCAAAACCUGGUGAGCCGUUACUGCGUGCGUGGCAUGAGUAAUGCCCUUCAGCUCGAUUCCUUUAUCCAGGUGUGCACUCAACUGCAAAGCAUGACCCAGGCCUUCCGUGAGAAGGACAGCGGAAUGACCGGCAAUGUACGUAUGAGCUAUGAGGACUUUCUCUCCUGCACCAUCACGAAGCUCAUGUGAAGAUUUACAUUCCAUCAGAUGCCAGUUUGAUCCUUUCACUGGUAAAGGAUGACUGCUUUUCCAUGCCAAAGUCCAUGGGGCACUCCGUUCCCUCCUAACUGUGCCUUUCAUUGCAAAGUACCUCCCCUUGCCCUAAAUGCCCUGUACACAUGCUCUUACUGCUUGCUUUACUUGUUAUUUGUUUGUUUUAAUGUGCAAGUUGAAUGAACAACUUAACAAGUAGUGUUUAGUUAUCAGUGCCAUAACUGUGUGUGUAAUGCCUAAAAACUAGAUCACUCAGGGAGUGAAGUUGCAUUAUUAAAUCUGAUCCCUGAAAUCUGAAAUUAUUUUAUUAACUGUAUCAUUUUAUAUCGGAAGUCCAUUCAGCUAAAACUAUUUUGUUGCUAUAUUACUGAUGUAUAUUAAAUUAUAUCAUUCAACCAAAUUGAUAUGGUGCAGUGUAAGAAUGAUGUACUGAAAUAGUUUCAAAUCCAGAUGUUUGCAUUUAACCAACUGAAAUAAAUGCGUUUUAGUAGUAGAA